AUGUCUAGUCCCGAAUAUGAUCCCUCCAUACCUGAUGGCGGAGAUACGACCAAGCUCGACGUGAACGCGCCGUUUGUUGGAUAUGAGUUCCAUGCCGUUUACAUCGCUGCCUGUACUUUCAUCGUCUAUCUCAUUCUUCCGGGAAUCGGUUUUCUUUACAGCGGUUUGACUAGAAGGAAGUCUGCGAUGACUUUUUUGUUUCAGGCAUUUUUAGUCCUGGCAGUCACCACAUUUCAAUGGAUGUUCUGGGGGUAUUCACUCACCUACUCGCGGGAUGGCGGCCCCUACAUUGGGACGCUGCAGAAUUUUGGGCUCAUGGAUGCCCUGGCGGCCCCAUCGCCAGGGUCUGCCGUGCUUCCCGAAGUCCUCUUCUGCUUGUACCAGCUCCUCUUCGGUUCCUGCACGGUCAUGAUUGUUGUUGGCGGCGCCUUUGAAAGAGGCGGUAUCUUGGCGUCACUUGUCUUCGCCUUUGUCUGGGAAACCAUUGUGUACUGUCCUCUCGCACGGUGGACUUGGAGUAGCCAUGGCUGGCUGUAUAAUCUUCCCUCCGUCGACUUCGCCGGAGGCGGCCCGGUCCAUAUUGCCUCAGGCUGCGCUGCAUUGGCGUACGCAGUUGUCCUCGGCAAGCGCAAAGGCUACCCAGACGCCAGUAUGAAGCGGCCUCACAACACGACUCUGGUCUUCCUGGGUACCGUCUUUAUUUGGACUGGCUGGCUUGGGUUUAAUGGCGGUUCGACCCUCAACGCAAGUGUCCGUAGUUACAUGGCCGUUAUGAACACCAACAUCGCAGGCUCCACGGGCGUCCUGGGUUGGGUCCUGGUCGACAUGAUCCGGAACAAGGGAAAAUUCUCUAUGGUAGGAGCUUGCGAAGGCGCCAUUGCUGGCCUUGUUGGUAUCACUCCCUGUGCGGGAUGUGUCACUUUCUGGCUGGGCGCCCUAGUUGGUUUCCUUACUGGCAUCGUGUGUUCCGCGUGCAAGAACCUCAACGAGUGGAUUCGGGUUGAUGAAGGGAUGGACGUUUUCAAACUCCAUGGAGUCGGCGGUAUGGUCGGCUCAUUCCUGACUGGCAUUUUCGCCGAUCAGUACAUCUCGGCGUUGGAUGGCGAUUCCCUCAUUCCUGGAGCCAUCAACGGCGAGGGCGUUCAGGUUGGAAAGCAGCUUGCUGAGAUCUGCGCCAUCUCCGCUUAUUCUUUCGGUGUGACCUGGGUCAUACUCAUGGUGAUGAAGUUCAUUCCAUACCUGGGGCUGCGGGCCAACGAAGAAGCUGAGAUGGUCGGACUGGACCGAUCCUUCUUCGUGGACGAGCAGAUCGGCGACUACUCCAUGCUGGAUGGGAUCAAUAGCUCGCCGUUGAUGGGGGUGUCGAAAACACCCUCGAGCGAAGUACAGCAGACAGCGGCCGAGACGAAAAGGGCGUAG